GUACACGCGCGCGAAUAUGCUGCAUUCCACAGAGGGCGCAGACAACCUUUUCACACGUAGCUCUUGUGUCAUUUCUAUAGACUUUAGUUCAUAGGAUUAUCUGGCCCGCCCAACUAGAUCAAUUCUUUAAAGGCGAAACGCAACACUGAGAUCGUUCAAUCUUUGCUCGGUCGUCGCUGUGAAGCCAUGUCUGUGUUCAAAGUCGCAGUUGUCUUCGUUGUGAUUUUCCAUCUUGUUGUUGCGUACAGAUUUCGAGGUCGUUCACCACGAUGUGUCAGAAUCACUAAUGAAACAGCACCUAUGUGUAGAAACUUAUCGAUUGGAUAUGACAACAUGAUGUUACCUAACCUCCUCGACCACGAUACGAUAUCUGAAGUCAACAAAGAACUCGCACAAUGGACACCUCUUGUAGCAUCGGGAUGUCAUCCGUAUAUAAAGCACUUUUUGUGUUCUGUAUUCGCGCCGGUCUGCAUGGUAAACCAACCACCGAUUGAACCGUGUCGAUCGUUGUGCUCCAUGGUACAAACCGCUUGCGAGCCUCUCAUGCGUCGAUAUAACUACACAUGGCCGUCGAUCCUGAACUGUUCCAAGUACAAACAAAACGAAAUGUGUGUUAGUAUUCCUGCUCCAACCAAACCACCAACUCCAAGUGUCUGUCCAGAUGAAGACGACACGAAAAUCUCCCCCUCCGCUAUCAAAAAGAAGUUCUGUGAGGCACAAUUUGCUUUCAGAGGUCGCGUCCACGAGCGUAAAGAGAGGAACGGCUUCACCAUUAUCAUUUUUAAAGUAAGCGGAAAUCGAAGAUUCUUGACGAAAAACGUUCCAAAGGGACCAUUUGUACGAGUUCGUGUACCAAUCAACAAAGCCCAAUGCAUGGGUAUUCAGAAACGAAAGCACGUCCUUGUUUUUGGUAAGUUUAAGAAAGGCAAAAAGAUGUUCGCAACAAAUCUCUUGAAAUGGAAGAAAAAGUGGAGGAAAAGGAAGAUUACUAAGAAGUCUUGUAAAAAGUUUCUGGACUAARAGAACAACUAUUUGCUCGACGAAAAGACUACCACGAAUUGGAAGCCUGUUGUCAACACUGUGGACUACUUGUAACGAUCAUUGGGGCAUUUUUGCCUUCGGCCUUAGGCACUUUAAGAAAAACAAUAUAGCAAUAGAAUGCAACUAACCAAUGAAAUCUAUUGUUCUAUUUGUCCAAUCAGACCGCUGCUAMAAUACGAUGUAAUUUCAUAGUGUGAACCGUAAAUCCGUGAAAAAAGGCAUCAAUUGUUGUUGUUGUUUUUUUUUUUGUAGCAGUUAGUGUUCUAAUGUAUGAUUUCAGUAUGUAAGUUAAUAAUGCUUCACGGAUUUAUGGCAUUCAUUUGAUUUUGAUACGAAAUGUUUUAACGUAAUUUGUAAAGCUAUUUUAUACAUACCUUCAGACAACCGCCAUUUUGGCACAUGCGUGAUAGUAGUAGUAGUACAUAUAUUGUAGAUAGAAUCCAGUUAGACAUAAAACUAAAAGAAAUCGAUUGUAAACGGGUUCCAUGUUUUAACACWAGAAGCCUGGUCGCACUGACAAAGCUGAUAUUAAAAGACCGAAACAUGAAAAGCGACCGGUGAUUGGAUAAUGAGGGUUAGCGUUGAUGUUACUCACCGGAACCGGACCCCUUUAAUACAACCAGUGGUCGAAUUAUUGAAUGCUUCACGGUUUUUAUUUCUAUUUGCCAUUUUUAAACCAGAACGUUUUUAAUCAAUAGAGUAUAUAGAGAAUCAUCGUUGAUCUGUUUAUCAUAUAAUCAAACAAUAAAAUGAAAUGAAAAAUCGAAUGAA